AACCAGGCGCAGCAAACGUCAAUAAUGGUUGACUUUUGGAUUUUUAUGUCGACGUGCGCAUCAUGGGGUGGAGGGAUCCUCGCGUGUGUAAACUCCAUCCACCCGGUUCUCAGCAAGCCACCAGAGGGCGCCCAAGACUGGCACGUUAACAACCCGGAAGUUUAAGCGCACGUAAAGGGUUUUAAUUUAUGUUGAUUUUCCCACCAGCAGAAAAAUAACGGACGUUUUUGUUCUGCUGUGUGUGAUAACUCGUCUACAACAUGCCAAGAACGAAGACAAAACAGCAGCAUAAGAAGGGGAGCGACACGGCGGUGCAGGGAACCAACGACAGCAGUGUGGUGAGCAAGGCUUCUGCUGCAGCUCGGGGCUACUUCAGGGACGCCUUCCUCCAGCAUUUUGUGUGCAGGGUGGCCAGAAGGGCGCCUCUCAUCAACAGGGGCUACUAUGUCCGCUGGAGAGCUGUGGACCACUGUGUCAGAAGGUUCCUGCAGGUCACUGCAGGCUGCCCUAAGAGACAGAUCUUGUCGCUGGGUGCUGGGUUCGACUCGCUGUAUUUCCGCCUGCGUGCAGAUGGAGACUUGGAUAGAGCUGUCGUGUAUGAGCUGGAUUUUGCAGAUGUGGCUCAGCGUAAAGCUGCUCUGAUAGCUGCUAAUGAAACUCUGGGAGGAAUGUUAGAUUCUUGUCUGCCUUCAUCUCCAGGGCCCGUUUAUGUGUCCAGCAGCAUGUACCAGCUGCUAGGGGUGGACAUUAGAGAGGAGGCCCAGGUAGAGGAUGCUCUGAGUGCAGCCGGACUGCACUGGGCUGCCCCUACCCUGGUUCUCUCUGAAGUGGUGCUCACCUACAUGGAAACAGACAGGUCCGACGCCACAAUCAGCUGGGCAGCAAAGCUCCUGCCACAGUCCGUCUUUGUGAUGUACGAGCAGAUCUGUCCACACGAUCCGUUCGGUCGCAUCAUGCAGGAACACUUCCUGAAGCUGAAUUCAACUCUGCACGCCCUCCGACAGUACCCGGACACGAGAGCGCAGAGACACCGGUUCCUUACCAAGGGCUGGGACUGCUGUGUGUGUCUGGACAUGAAUGACUUCUACUUGAGGCUAAUCCCAAAGGAGGAGCGGGAUCGUGUGGAGAGCUUGGAGCCGUUUGAUGAGCACGAGGAGUGGCACGAGAAGUGUUGCCACUACUUCAUCCUUACGGCAUCUCGAGGCUUACUGAUGGAACAGGCUCUGCUUCCUGCUCCUCCAGUGUCCUCGGCGCCGGUCAUCAGCUGGAGUCCCACAGUGCUGCCGGUACGCCCUAUUCCCGUGAGUUUAGAGGGGUUGGGGAUGGCUUCCACUCGGCUGGGACCUGAACAGGUGAUGCUAACUGGAGGCUCCAGCAAAGGAGGCCGGCUGGCAGAGACCAGAGCGCUCCUCAGAGGUCAGGAGGGCUGGAGGGCUGUCGUGGAACCAUUCGUCGAUCUGGGUCAGAUAAUUUCCUCCACGUCAAAUGGAAGUGUUAGAAGAUUUACUGGAGGAGGAGUGGUGAUAUACGGAGGUCGCUCCUCACCACUCAACCCCAUCAGGGACAUUUUCAGAGUGACCUUUAACCCCGGUGGUGUGUCUCCAGCUGCAGACCCACAGAGCCAAGCAGCAGAAACGAUUCAUGUGGAGUCGAUGAUCUGCUCAGGAGAUCCGCCUCCACCAAGAUGGAGGCACACUGCCUCUGUGGUCAGUCUCAGAGGCCGAGACUUCCUGUUUGUGUUUGGUGGAAAGAACCAAUCAGAAUCUGCUCUGGGUGACGGUCACUUCCUGAAUCUGGGCCAGCAGAUCUGGACUGAGAUGCCAGUAGAGGGCGCAGCACCACCAGCUCGUCACUCUCACUCAGCGUGUCCCUAUCAGGGGGGGGUGCUGCUGUUCGGGGGACUGAGCAGAGAGGGGUGGCCCCUGGGGGACACGGUGCUGCUGAGGCCGACUGAAAGAGGCUUCUGCUGGGAGAAGCUAGACGUUCAACCCCUUCCUGUUCCCAGAUACGGUCACCGUGCCCAUGUGGUCGGGGAGUGGCUAGUUGUGGUGGGUGGAGUCUGGAUGCACGCAGAGGGGGUGCCAGGCGUUGUCGUGAUCAGCCUCACCUCCUACAGCAGCUUGGAGAUCCGUUUGGACACGAGCUCCGUGCCCUGGCCUUUGAUGCUGCACUCCUUCUGCUCUGAGCUGAUGAACACAGAGGAACCACAGCUGCUCUUGAUUGGAGGAGGAGGAAACUGUUUCUCCUUCGGGACUCAUCUGAACCCCCAGCCGGUCUCUGUAGACCUCAGACCGGUGCUGGACUCAAAACUCCUCUGGUGUACCCAGGUGUCAUAAUAAAAUGUGUAUUCAGAAA